CUAUCUAAAUUAUUUACAAUAGUACCGUUAUCAUUUGUUUAUAACAUUUGUAAGACCUUUAGGAUAGGUGACUGGACUCUUCUGAACAGCGACCUUUCUUAAAGACCUCCAAAAUGGAACUGAAAUACUGGACUGCGAUUUUAUUCCUCAUUAACGGAGCGCUUUGCACAGACACAACAAAUUGUCCUCACCAGCUAAGUAGGAGAGAUCUCUAUGUCUAUGGAGAUUACUGUCUCAAGGUCCACUACGGUAAUUGGGACUGGGAGACUGCCAGAAAAAUAUGCAUCAAGGAGGGGGGUGACCUUGUACAGCCCAGAACGGCUAGGAUGCAAGAGUUCAUUCGGGUAAAUUUGCUCCCGCAGAAGCAGAAGUCGGAAGAAGAUGGAUUUUGGAUCGGAGCGACGGAUUUAAAUUCGGAAUCCCAUUGGAGAUGGGUGUCAGGUGACCCUCGUAUGCCGUACACUAAUUUUGAGCCAGGCCAAGGACCUUCCCAGUCUGGAUUUAUCUUUGCUUCCGGUGACUUGGAGGACUGUGCAUUGAUGCGUAUAGAGGAUGGAUUUCGAUGGCAUGACUGCCCAUGUUCUAAUUUCCUUUAUCAUUAUUCAUUCAUCUGUCAACACAAAAAGAUUCCGCACACGACACAUAAUGUAAAGCCUACUACGAAACAUUCUCAUCUAACAACCACCCGAUUCGUCUCGCCUACAACAAAAUACGUACCACCGACCACCACAAAAUACAUGCCACCAACUACCACAAAGUUCGAACCACAAACCUACACGUCGACCAGAUUUGUUCCGUGGACGGAGAAGACGACAAGAUUUGAUCCGCAGACGGAUAAGACGACAAGAUUUGAUCCGCAGACAGAAAAGACGACAAGAUUUGUUCCGUGGACAGAAAGGACCACGAUGCUGAGUGAGAGGACAAGGUCAUCGACUGCGUUUGUACCGGAUACACAUUCCCCAACGUCCCAGAAAGUAACUGCUGCACCGCCGAAAACUACACCAAUGAAAACCGAUGCCCCUCGCCCUGCUACAACACCGGAACUGCCAUCAGACACGCCUCCAUUUUCUAAUGGUGGUGGGGAUCCAUUCAGCGGUGGCUUUAAAUCUUUUUACAGUGCCCCUGUCAUCGACCACUGCUCACCACAUCUGGGUAAAUCUAACGUGUAUACAUACGGGGAUCUCUGUCUCAAGGUGCACUAUGGGAACUACGAUUGGGACGAUGCUCGACAUUCGUGUCACAUCGAGGGCGGUGACCUAGUUCAGAUCCGAGACGCUAGUAUGCAGCAUUUUCUGCACAGCAUCCUAUCAGGUCAAAAGUCAGAAGAGGACGGAUUCUGGAUUGGGGCCACAGACAGGGAAUCAGAGUCACACUGGAAAUGGGUGGCAGGUGAUCCUAAGAUGACGUACAGUAACUGGAAAUCCGGACAAGGACCAUCUCAGUCCGGGUUUUUCCUGUCUAGUGGAUCAUUUGAGGACUGUGCUCUGAUGAGAGUAGAUGACGGCUUCAGAUGGCAUGACUAUGACUGCAGCAAUAUAUUGUAUCACUAUUCUUUUAUCUGUCAAUACGCAAUAUCUCAGACUACCCACGCGGGGGGACCGAAUAUUGGAAUUCCUGGAUCCACCACCGUGUUCACACCGUAUACCUUUCCUGAUACCAGUCCACCCGCAACAAACGCCCCUGUUCCCACCACGCCCCCUGAAACCGACGCCCCUAUACCAACCACGCCUCCUGAAACUGACGCCCCUCUUCCCACUACACCACCAAAGAUGGUUCCGUCAAGUAAGUUUCUCAUUCUGUGUAAAAUGAAGAGUCUUAGAGUUGAAAAGGGUGUCCCUCUUUUGCUGGGGCAUCAACGAAAAAUGCAAAUUGGGUGAGGGAGAGUAAUUUCGGACUGGAAUCUAAGUGACGACCUCCCAUAUCAGUGAUUAAGAUAACAGAAGUGUAGGGAUUAUAACGCUUUAAAACAAUAAUAAUAUUCAGAGACCAUUCAGCACUUCUUAUACUUUUGAUCAAUUUAUUGAUGAGGGAUUGGAAUGUAUUAUACGCCUUCCAAGAACAAGAACCCCAUGAGCCAAAACGCCCACCCGAGUCAGGUGGGACGAACCACGUGAGCCAAAACGCCCACCCGAGUCAGGUGGGACGGACCACGUGAGCCAAAACGCCCACCCGAGUCAGGUGGUCCCACUGUUAACGUGGUCAUUAUUGGACAACUACAUGUAUAUAUGUACACAGGUUGUCAUCUGGCUCAAUACAAUAGUUAACGUAUUAUCAUAUUAUCUUCUAUCGUUCCAACAACAGCUUGUCACACUGCUUGGUUGAUCAUGCAGAUUUCUCUCGCUGAUUCACUAUAUUGUUUCAAUAAAAAUGAGUUUAGAUGACCACGCUAUGCCAUUUUUUCAUUGUGAUUGGUCAGCGGGAACAAAGGUAAAUCCUGUUUCACUGAAAUCUAUGAGAAACCUCGCCCAAACAUUUACACGAAUCAAGAGAAGUGACACGCUGUUAAUGGACCGACAUUAACUUAGCCUUACCUGUACAUUAAUUGUAUUUAUAUUUCCAUACUUUCAUUUUCAGCCACUACAGAGGUGGGGGUGGUUGUAAUUGGAAAGUAAUGACCCGGAGUGGACUUCUGGUGUUGUCAAUAAAUACCCGAACUUUUCA